UUGACUGAUAUACAGAAUUUUUGCCAGCUGGGCGGUUCCGUUAUAUAGGUUCGUAUUUUCAAUCAAAAUAUCGUGUAUUUGAGUUAAUAAAGUUAGUUAAUAUUAGUAUUCUUGCCUUCAAGUGCACCACGACUCAAAUUUUAAUGUUCGAGCCGGCGCCAGUAGUGACGUGCUCCACAUCGGCCUUUCCCUUAAUUCAAGAGAGGAGCGCGCGGUGAGGCGGGGAGAGAAACAGGGCUCUAUAUGGCAGAUCCGGAGUCGCCAUGAAGGUGGACGCCGAGGCCCGCGACGCGCCUGCUGUGCCGCCCGCGCUACCCGGAACCCCGAUCGCUAGUAAUACAGAAUCGCCUGUGUCAUCCCUGGACGAGUGCGUCGUACACGUUAGUGAGAUCCCGAGUCCCGACCGGGCGUUACUCGCCAAACUGGAGGAAGAGAACCGACGUAUCGAGGCGGACGCCAAGUGCCCCUCGCUAGUCACCGUGCACAGUCGGAAGAGUUCCGACACCUCGCAGAUAUCUUUAGUAUCUGCGACGAGCUCGAGUCAUGAAGAAGGCCGGGUGGGGAGCAACGGGGAAGAAGACCUGUGGAGCCUGUGGGGGCGCAUUGUCAGCAACUGGGAGACAGAGUGGAAGCGGCGCAACCAGUUCGUGCGCGACCUGGUGCGUCAGGGUGUCCCGCACCACUUCAGAGGCAUCGUGUGGCAGCUGCUAGCCGGCGUAGACACUUCGCCCGAGAAGAAGCUAUACGCUUCCUACAUUAAGGCGAAAUCGGCGUGUGAGAAGGUGAUCCGGCGCGAUAUAGCGCGCACGUAUCCUGAACAUGACUUCUUCAAGGAGAAGGAUGGGCUGGGACAAGAGUCGCUGUUCAACGUCAUGAAGGCAUACUCCCUGCAUGACCGCGAAGUUGGCUACUGUCAGGGGUCAGGCUUCAUAGUCGGACUCCUGCUUAUGCAGAUGCCAGAGGAGGAGGCAUUCGCAGUACUGGUGAAGAUCAUGCAGCAACACCGCAUGCGCGACAUGUUCAAACCCAGCAUGGCGGAGCUGGGCCUCUGCAUGUUCCAGCUCGAGAACCUCGUGCAAGAGCUGCUGCCUGACCUACACGUGCACUUCCAAUCACAGAGUUUCAGCACAUCAAUUUAUGCGAGUAGCUGGUUCCUGACACUGUUCACAACAACCCUGUCCUUGCCCCUCGCUUGCCGCAUCAUGGACGUAUUCCUCUCCGAAGGCAUCGAAAUAGUCUUCAAAGUCGCCCUGGCCAUGCUCACCCUGGGAAAAAACGACCUCCUAUCCCUCGAUAUGGAAAGCAUUCUCAAGUACAUUCAAAAAGAAUUGCCUGCGAAGGCGGAAGCGGAUCAGGAUGCGUUCAUGAAUUUAGCAUACUCAAUAAAAGUAAACCCGAAGAAGAUGAAGAAAUUGGAGAAGGAAUACACGGUGAUCAAAACUAGAGAACAGGGUGACAUUGCUGUGUUAAGGUGUCUGAGGCAAGAGAACCGUCUGUUGAAGCAACGCGUAGAGUUGUUGGAGAAGGAGAGUUCAGCGCUGGCAGAGCGGCUGGUGCGCGGGCAGGUGGACCGCGCCGAGGGGGAGGAGGAGACGUUUGCGCUGGCUCGCGAGGUGCAAGCUCUGCGGCGCGCCAAUGUAGACGCGCAACAACGCCUCGCCGUCGCGCAGGACGAGAUACGCUCCCUGGAAAUGACCAUUGCCGAGAACAACUCGAGACAAUCGUCUCUCGAGGGCAUGGAGGGCGAGCGCUCCAGCACGGCGAAGGGCGAGGAGCUGGCGCGGUGCUUGCAGCGCGAGCUGGUGCGUGCGCGGCUGCACGCAGCCGAGCGCGAGGCCGCCGAGAGAGAGCUCACUGCGCGCAUCACCGAGCUCGAGAAUGAAAACAAAAGUCUCCGUCGGCAGCGUGUGGACAACAACGUCGCGCAUUUGCAGGAUGAAUUAAUUGCUGUGAAACUACGCGAGGCAGAGGCUAACCUUUCGUUGAAGGAUCUCCGCCAACGAGUCUCUGAACUAUCGGAUACGUGGCAGAGGCAUCUCCAGGAGCACAGACAAGAAGCGGCGCCCCCACCGGCGCAGUCUAACGUGGUGUCGGACAUCAUGGCGACGCCCAAGAAGCUGCUGCGAGCGUGGGAGGGCCGCUCGGCUGACGUGCAGAAGUUAGAAGAAGAACUCAUGACCACCAGGAUACGGGAGGUCGAAGCACUCACCGAACUAAAAGAAUUGAGGCUCAAGGUAAUGGAGCUGGAGACACAAGUGCAGGUUUCAACGAACCAGCUGCGGCGGCAAGACGACGAGGCACGUCAGCUGCGCGAGAACCUGGACGCGGCGUUGCAGCGGGAACGCGCGCUGUUGGCUCGCCAGCGGGAGUUCCAGCACAAGUACACCGACCUCGAGAGCAAGGCGAAGUACGAGUCUAUGCAGGCGAACAUUCGCAACAUGGAGGUCGCUCAAAGGAUAGCUGAGCUUGAGAAUGAAGUUUCCGAGUAUAAACUAAAGAACGAGGUGAUGGCUACAGAAGGAGAACUGCGAAACAAUAUCGACGACUCCGACAAAGUCCGUGAAAUGCAGGAGCAGAUGGCCGAACUCAAAGCCGAGAUUGUGAGGCUAGAGGCGUUCCGGUCACGAGCCCUGCGACAGACGGAGCUCGCCCGGGCAGUCUCUUUGGAAGACGAUAUCGAAGAGGACGAGAAGCUAAAGCUGAUCCUACGUCGGGAGUCGUCAACGUCCUUGGAGCUGCCGACGAGCCCCCGCAAGACAACGUAGCGAACACCCCAGCCGCGGCAGCUAGCUCGGAACUUCAAGUGCCGGUAACUUAUGAUGCCGCUACCGGCGAGUUUGAGGCAUCGGUACCACACAACCCAAAGGACCGUAUUAUAUUUCUACCGAUAAAAUAAAAAAUGCCGAUAUUUUUCAUUCUACUAGAGGUAUCAUCCUUAAAGGACCGGUAUUCUUUAUCAAAUCUACGUACUUUAUCGGUAUUAAUGACAAGUACUCGUUUAAAUACAGCCAGAGAAGCUACUUACCUACAACUGCAAUAAAUUAUCGGCAUUUUACAACGAGUCGGACGUUGAUAAUAACACAGUUAUGCUCUAAACACUGCUCGUGUGACGACCAAUAGAGAGCCGUUGUCCUGUAUUCGAAAUUCUAUCGGUUCCAACAUUUCUAGUACUCUCUUGAUUGCUGUAUACGACUAAGGUACAUACAUUAUACCUCUAACUUACCGAGAUUUGUGUAACAGCAUGGCCGCCAACGAAUCAAACGGCGGCGCCGCGACAAUUUUUCCAAUUGUAUCGUGGUGCUACGGCUGCUUGUCUUGGCAUUUUACCUCCUUGACCAAAUGGAAACUAUUAGGAACCCUUACUUAUUUCAUGACUUAUUAUCGUCAUUUAUAAAUUCAGUUAAAGUACAUUUUGAUAAGGAUAAUCAAAAAACAAAUCUUAAUUUUGUUACUAGAACUUUACAAUAUUUUAUAAUAAUUUUAUAUUCGCCAUUUUGGUCUAACACUGUGCACAUUAACGGGAUUUCUGCGUGAAUACUUGUAGAUUUGAUUAUGAAUGUCAAUUGAAAACAUACCGCUAUAACGUUGUAGAUACCCUUUAAAUAUGUAACUGUAGAAUUUUCAAUAAACUUUUGACAGUAAAUAGGCUAGAUUAUUGUAACGGAUAGUCCCACUUUGCAAUAGAAGCAGUCAUCUUAUCUCGUUUAGUAUUCUCUUAUACCCGAUAAAUUGAACUCUUGAUGCCAACUACAUGAUGCACUAUAGAAAUAAUCUUUUUAUAAAAUUGUAGUGGAAUGAUUAGGUAACUUAGAUUUACUACUUAUUAGGCUACUUGUCAAUCGAUAGGUAACGGGUAAUACACUUUUAUAGAAUGUGCGGCGGCACGGGCGUAGUUUAUAUUUAAUAAAAUUGAGUUGUGAUAAAAUCACAUUAACGUUAUUCCAAAUAGCUUAUAAGCUGGUGCAGCCAGUCAAUAAAUAGCCUUUUCGCGUUAAACAAUGUUUUACAAUGUGACUACUAUUUAUCAACCUAUUGGUAGCUACAAAUUAACUAAAACUUUUUAUAAUUUGGUUAACGCAUAUGAUGCCUAAUGAAUUUAUUUAGCAUUAUAACAAUUUAGCAGGACAAGGUUGUUGUGGUUGUGGUGGACAUAUACAAGUGCUACCUAAGUGACAUUUAUCGAAAAUUAGGUAAAACUUGUGAAGAAGCACUUAUUGCAAGCAAACACUGCUACUAAUUUCCUUGCCUUGAAAUGCGAAAUUAUUACAAAAUGAACAUUCCAUUUUGUGUAUUAUUUAUUUUAAGUGAUUUUUUUAACUAAGUUUUGUAUCGAAACGAAUAGGAAUCGAAACGAUAAUGAAGUUAAAUGAGGCUUCUGGAAUUGACUAAUGAAAAUACAUCUAAAACGUGAUGUAGAUAUUGUCUUAAAUAUAAUCAAUAAUUUUAUUAUUCGAUGGUACAGGGUUAGCGGUCCGUAUCAAAUGGCAAUAUAACGCGUACUUAUUUAAUUUUAAUAGUGUUUUUAUUUUAAUAUAAUAUUAAGAGCUAAAGUAUUGUUUCAUAUUUUAAUGAUUCCUCUUUUGUGUGUAAUACUCAUCUUAAACUCGCACUUCAAUAUCAUGUCAAAACAAAAUGAAUAUUAAGGAUUGAUAUAUAAUUUAAUUUUUCAUUAAGUAUAUCAUGGUGUAAUUAGUAAAAUAUGUUAUAAGCGCGGACUGAAUCUUAUAUUGUAAUAAUUUCGGCAGCUGCACAUGUAUUUGGUAGAAGCGCCAAAUUAAUAUUAAUUUGGCCCAGAGCGACACAAGCCUGAAAAAACUAAUAUAUUGCGAAUAAAGAAAAUAUUUAAAAUUGGCGACAGCAUACGUUGACCAUAUCGUCGUUGUUUGUGCUCAGCUCUAUUCGCACAGACAUCAUUAAGCCAUGCAAAUUGAAUAUAAUUUAAAUUCAAAGACCAACCCUAUUUAUAUCAAAUAAGUUGCUAAAAGCAUCUUAUAAUUUGUUUGUUUGUUCUCUAAAUUUAUAUUCUUUGUACGAAGUCUAUGUAAUUUACAAAUAACUAACUUUGUUUGACUGAAAUCUAAAUCAAUUUUUAAUUUGUUUUGCAGAUUACACUAAAAUUAUCGUUAUGCGCGGAGCUUGUAUAAGAUCAUAAUUAUAUAAGAUUAUAUAGGCUGGUACCUAUUAGUCGAAUCUUAUUUUAUUUUGGUUCUGUCGACCUCUAACAACAAAAUAAUUUCCUACUACAGAAUUCAACCUAGAAUAAUACAAAAAUACUUUAUAUAACUUUAUUAUGAUUCCAUACAAUAGCAGUGUCAAUGAUACAGACUUUGUGUGAGUGUAGAUGAGGCGUUUAUUUAACAUUGAGUAAAAGUCAUUUUAUCUGAAUGACAAAAUAAUAUUUCAAAUACGCGUUUCCAAAAAUAUGGAUAACAUAAUUAUAUCGAAUAAUUUGUAUUAAUUUCUUUGAAGCAGAAAGUUUUUACUGUAAUAUAUAUUCUAUGAAUUCUUAGAUGUUUUGUAAUUAUUUUCUAUAUUUUAUUUGUUGUUAUAACUUGGAUCUAUGGCUCAUUAUUAAUUAAUAUAUUUUGUAUAGAAAAUGUUGACUGGUCUUAGGAUGGUCACGCUCUUGUAGGUGAAGACUAAUACAGUUGACGCAACCGCUGAUGUAUACCAAGCUGGUCACCAUGUCUAUUGGCGUUAGACUUGCACUACCAAUGCACCGCCACCAAAUAAAUCAUCCAGGAAGACUGUAGGAUUGAUUCCUAAAAAAGCAUGCUAGAUAAUGUGAUGUUAUUUUUUUUUAAAUCCUUCCGCUGUGUAACUUUAUACUCUAUUAAAUAUAGCUUGAUGAAUUUGACACUCGCCAGAACUAUACAUUUCCCUUAUACCUGUUUCUUUCGCACUAGGCUACUAUCUUCACUAUGUGUCUGGUCAUUUUUAAGUAUAAGUAAUGUAAUACUUUUGUUCUACUGUCAAAUAAUCAAGCUAUGUAAACAAUUCGACUCUCAGAUUAGUGAUCUUGUAAGUUGUCUUGUUGUAUACAAAUAUGAAUAUAUUUUUCUGUGACUUAAUAAAUGUCUUGACAAGUAAUAAUAGAAUAUUCUAUUAAGUUGUAACCCAUGUGCAAUUAAAUUUUAUUUUAUAAAAUAUUAACUUAUUUAUUAUACCCAUAUUGAAUUUUUAAUUACUAGUAUUUUUUAAUCAUAGCAAUUACUUAUAAUUUUAAUACCUAAUAUGUAUUAUUUUUUCACGUUUUAUAGUAUUAUAACUGUAUACCUAGUUACAUAAUCACAUAUUUACUAAACAUGCGCCGAAUUUGUUCGGUAGAAUUUCUUCAUGUGAGAAUUUCCGAUUCGGGCAACUACAAACUUAAUUUCAACUUAAUUUUACAGAACUAAAACUAGCUUAAUCUCUUUCUUGCACUUAUUAUAAGUGAAGGACGGCACUAGUUUUAAGAGCUGUAAAAUUAGGUUAAGUUUAUUUCAGCCCGAAUUGGCACCAUUAUGUUUUUUUUUAACAAGAUAAACCAUUGAAUUUCUUGUAAGUUCACGUCAUUUUUCGUGAUUGUUAUUUAACGAUACUAUUUUAGGGAUUUUUACAUUAUUUACCGAAUAUUCUGUUCGGUGAUGGUCAACCCGAGUAAUAUUCGGUUAAAUCACUAUUCGGCGCAUCUCUGACAUUACAUUUGUUACAACUAAAAUGAUUUAUGUUUAAUUGAAACAUUCAGGCUGAAACUAUUUGAUAUUGUAUAACUGGAAAUUAAUAUUAUAUUUUGAUUUGUUUAUUUGUAUGUUAGGUAGGUACCGUUUGACGAUUUUAUUCCUACAGAAACUAAAGUUAUCUGCGUGAGCAAAACUUACGAGGAAAAUAUUAGUUUCACACUGCUUACAAAAAUGACUCAUCGACUCGCACUAUUAUUUUUUUAUUAUAUGUUCUGUAACGAAGAAAAAACUACGCUAAACUUGAACGUGAAGAACUGAGAUCGAAUUUUUCUUUCAAAAUUUUGUCGAAUUAAUGUAUUUUCGUAUCACGUAUUGAUAAUUUUAGGAUUCAUUGUAAUAACGUGUAUUUUAGUAAAUAAACUACUCUGUUCACA